CCCCUGAAGAGCAGCCAGCCCCAACACAGAGGCCAAAGGGUUCGUCAGAGCCACAUGGUGGAAACUCUAGCAGAGGGUUUUUGAAAGCAGGUUGCACUUCAUUCUUGCUGCGCGAGUGCACGCGUGUGUGUGUGUGUGUGUGUGUGUGUGCAGCGCCCCUGGGUCUGUGUUUUUAUUGCACUUUCCUGCUGGCUUCCAGCUGCACCGCCAGUUCCGGGGAGGGCCCUGGGCCAGCGGCUGUCCGCACCCCCUCCUUCAUAAAGUCCUGGCCUCGGGACAGCCUGCACAACUGCCCAGCCUGUGGAGGCGGGACAGCCCUGUCCCACUCACUCUUUCCUCUGCCGCUUCUGCCGGCAGCUCGAACCAUGGGAGGCCGCGUCUUUCUCGCAUUCUGUAUCUGGCUGACUCUGCCGGGAGCUGAAACCCAGGACUCCAGGGGCUGUGCCCCGUGGUGCCCUCAGAACUCCUCGUGUGUCAAUGCCACCGCCUGUCGCUGCAAUCCAGGGUUCAGCUCUUUUUCUGAGAUCAUCACCACCCCCACGGAGACCUGUGACGACAUCAAUGAGUGUGCAUCACCAUCAAAAGUGUCAUGCGGAAAAUUCGCAGACUGCAAGAACUCAGAGGGGAGCUACCACUGCAUGUGCAGCCCGGGAUAUGAGCUUGCUUCUGGGGCAAAAACAUUCAAGAAUGAGAGUGAGAACACGUGUCAAGAUGUGGAUGAGUGCAGCUCUGGGCAGCAUCAGUGUGACAACUCCACCGUCUGCUUCAACACCUUGGGUUCAUAUAGCUGCCGCUGCCACCCAGGCUGGAAGCCCAAACACGGAAUCCCGAAUAAACAAAAGGACACUGUCUGUGAAGAGAUGACUUUCCCCACCUGGACCCCGCCCCCUGGAGUCCACAGCCAGACGCUUUCCCGAUUCUUCGACAAAGUCCAGGACCUGGGCAGAGACUCCAAGACAAGCUCAGCCAAGGUCACCAUCCAGAACGUCAUCAAAUUGGUGGACGAACUGAUGGAAGCUCCUGGAGACAUAGAGGCCCUGGCGCCACCUGUCCGGCACCUCAUAGCCACCCAGCUGCUCUCAAUCCUUGAAGAUGUCAUGAGGAUCCUGGCCAAGAACCUGCCUGAAGGCCCCUUCACCUACGUUUCCCCUUCGGACACAGAGCUGACCCUGAUGAUCCAGGAGCGGGGGGACAAGAACGUCACUAUGGGUCAGAGCAACGCACGCAUGAAGCUGAAUUGGGCUGUGGCAGCUGGAGCCGAGGAGCCAGGCCCCGCCGUGGCGGGCAUCCUCUCCAUCCGGAACAUGACGACAUUGCUGGCCAAUGCCUCCUUGAACCUGCAUUCCAAGAAGCAAGCUGAACUGGAGGAGAUAUAUGAAAGCAACAUCCGCGGUGUCCGACUCAGACGCCUCUCGGCCGUCAACUCCGUCUUUCUGAGCCACAACAACACCAAGGAACUCAACUCCCCCAUCCUUUUCGCCUUCUCCCACCUUGAGUCCUCUGGUGGGGAGGCGGGAAGAGACCCUCCUGCCAAGGAUGUGAUGCCUGGGCCACGGCAGGAGCUGCUCUGUGCCUUCUGGAAGAGUGACAGCAACAGGGGAGGGCACUGGGCCACCGAGGGCUGCCAGGUGCUGGGCAGCAAGAACGGCAGCACCACCUGCCAAUGCAGCCACCUGAGCAGCUUUGCGAUCCUUAUGGCUCAUUACGAUGUGGAGGACUGGAAGCUGACCCUGAUCACCAGGGUGGGACUGGCGCUGUCACUCUUCUGCCUGCUGCUGUGCAUCCUCACUUUCCUGCUGGUGCGGCCCAUCCAGGGCUCGCGCACCACCAUACACCUGCACCUCUGCAUCUGCCUCUUCGUGGGCUCCACCAUCUUCCUGGCCGGCAUCGAGAACGAAGGCGGCCAGGUGGGGCUGCGCUGCCGCCUGGUGGCCGGGCUGCUGCACUACUGUUUCCUGGCCUCCUUCUGCUGGAUGAGCCUGGAAGGCCUGGAGCUCUACUUUCUUGUGGUGCGCGUGUUCCAAGGCCAGGGCCUGAGUACGCGCUGGCUCUGCCUGAUCGGUUAUGGCGUGCCCCUGCUCAUCGUGGGCGUCUCGGCUGCCGUCUACAGCAAGGGCUACGGCCGCCCCAGAUACUGCUGGUUGGACUUUGAGCAGGGCUUCCUCUGGAGCUUCCUGGGACCCGUGACCUUCAUCAUUUUGUGCAAUGCUGUCAUUUUUGUGACUACCGUCUGGAAGCUCACUCAGAAGUUUUCUGAAAUCAAUCCAGAUAUGAAGAAAUUAAAGAAGGCGAGGGCGCUGAUCAUCACGGCCAUCGCGCAGCUCUUCCUGUUGGGCUGCACCUGGGUCUUUGGCCUGUUCAUCUUCGACGAUCGCAGCUUGGUGCUGACCUAUGUGUUUACCAUCCUCAACUGCCUGCAGGGCGCCUUCCUCUACCUGCUGCACUGCCUGCUCAACAAGAAGGUUCGGGAAGAAUACCGGAAGUGGGCCUGCCUAGUUGCCGGGGGGAGCAAGUACUCAGAAUUCACCUCCACCACGUCUGGCACUGGCCACAAUCAGACCCGGGCCCUCAGGGCGUCAGAGUCCGGCAUAUGAAGGCGCAUGGUUCUGGACGGUCCAGCAGCUCCUGUGGCCACAGCAGCUUUGUACACGAAGACCAUCCAUCCUCCCUUCGUCCACCGCUCUGCUCCCUCCACUCUCUCCCUGAGCCCCACGUGUGCCACCAGGAGGGAGUGGCAGCUAUAGUCUGGCACCAAAGUCCACCCAGUGGGGUAGUCGGAGCCACUGGUCCUGCUGCUGGCUGCCUCUCUGCUCCACCUUGUGACCCAGGGUGGGGACAGGGGCUGGCCUAGGGCUACAGCGUGUUGCCCUGGCACCUGUGGCCAGUACUCGGGACAGACUGAGGGCUCUUGUCCCGUCCUGGACUUUUCCUCUCAUGUCUUUGCUGCCGAACUGAAGAGACUAGGCGCUGGGGCUCAGCUUCCCUCUUAAGCUAAGACUGAUGUCAGAGGCCCCACGGCGAGGCCCCUUGGGGCCACUGCCUGAGGCUCACGGUACACAGGCCUGCCCUGCCUGGCUGGGCAGGAGGUUCUCACUGUUGUGAAGGUUGUGGACGUUGUGUAAUGUGUUUUUAUCUGUUCAAACUUUUCAGUGUUGACACAAAAUUAAACACAUGCAUACAGAAGA